GUGAAGCAUGCUGGGAACAGCUGAUCACUUCCUGUAAAAUGGCGGCCAAGAAGUAGUUUUUCAAGUCUUCUCAACACUAAAACAGCACAACUUAGCGCCAAACUACAAUCUUUCCUCGCCAUAAACACACAACAAGAGCAGGAGACUCUCAAGAUGACUUCCGACAUCAAUAUAACGUGCACACCUAAAGACUGGCCUCUGACGAUCAUCUGUAACGGCGAGGUGUAUGACGAGGAAGAACCGCCACUGACGAUCUACGAUGCACACUUCUGGAUCUACCUGGGCGUGUACGUGGCUUUGGUCAUGGUGGCAGGUUUGAUGGCAGGGUUGACCAUGGGUCUGUUGUCUCUGGACAAGAACAGCCUGAAAGUUCUGAAAGAGGGAGGGAAGCCGAGCGAGCGGAGACAUGCGGCCAAGAUCAUCCCUAUCGUGGAGAACCACCAUCUGCUCCUGGUCACCCUGCUACUGUGCAAUGCAGGGGCAGUGGAAGCCAUGCCCAUCUUCUUAGACAAGAUCUCCAACCCCGUCAUAGCCAUUGUUGUGUCAGUUACGGCAGUGCUCGUUUUCGGAGAGGUGAUACCACAAGCAAUUUGCUCGCGGUAUGGUCUUGCUAUAGGAGCAUUCUUUGCACCUAUGGUGCGUCUGCUGAUCUUCCUGACAUUCAUCAUCUCGUGGCCACUCUCCAAGUUGUUGGACUGUUUACUGGGAGAAGACCAUGGUACUUUCUUCAGGAGAGCAGAGUUGAGGGCUCUGGUGGACAUCCAUGCUGAAGAAGCCAGGGAAAACGAGGAACCUCUGAAUGUGGAUGAGGUUCUCAUUAUACAGGGAGCACUCCAGAUGAGAGACAAGACUGCAGGUUCAGCCCUCACACCUUUUGACAAGGUGUUCAUGCUCAGUAUUGAUGGGAACAUGGACAAGGAGACAAUGGACAUGGUCAUUGAUGCAGGUCAUUCCAGAGUCCCUGUGUAUGAAGGGGAGAAAACCAACAUUGUUGGGCUCUUAUUGGUCAAGAAUCUGAUCAAGUUAGACCCAGUAGCAGCCACGCCCAUCCGGAGCAUCCUGCAAGAAAACCCACGGUACUUACCAGACGUCAGGGAGGACACGCCUCUGUUCGACCUACUGAACGAAUUCCAGCAAGGGAAAUGUCACAUGUGUGCUGUUAAAAUGGUGGAUUCAGCUGGUGAAGCUGGGGAUCUUCUUGGUGUGAUCACACUGGAGGAUGUGAUUGAGGAGCUGAUCCAGGAAGAGAUCAUGGACGAGUCUGACAUCAGCGCUGACGUGAACCGCAGAGUUAACCUGGCUCGGGCCAGGGCAUCGCGACAGCUGUCCAGAGCCUCCCCAAGAGGGACAAGUGAAGCAGGUGGACGUGACUCCCCAGAAGUGGAAUGCUGCUACCCCUAUGGCUUUGACGAGACCACCCCCCUACUCUAGUACGAAUGGCACAUCCCAGGAGAAGUUUGUCAGGAGGGAGUGACUAUGGAGCGACACUGACCGUAAACACAGAACCAGACGACAGCGAGUCAGCAGGUCUCAUCGGGAACGAGUCUCCUAUAGCUGGCUACUAAUGUCAUAUCAAGGAAACUAAGACUUGGGAAAAUUAAUGCUGUGUUCCCAGUUAUGUUCCUAAAAAAAUUGGUCGGGUAUAGGUUUUCUCUCUUUGUUUUCAGGCGAAGGGACCCAAAAAUAUACCCUUUGACAAUGUAGAACUGAAAUGCUAGUUAACCAGGAACACAAUGUUUAAUUUCUUAGCCCUAAUCUACAAGAAGGGAACAGCAAUAGCGACAUUUUAUUUUGCACAAAGUAUUUUGUACCUGUCUGUCAUCUAACUACUAGACGUAAAAGAUGUCAUGGCAGUUUUCUUAAGAUAGGACUGUUUAAAGCUACUGGUAUGCCUUUAUAUUUACAUGACAUAUUCAUGAAAUAGAACUGUCAAAAGAAUUCAUAUUUGAAAAAUGUUGCACUAGUAUUUAAGUUUAAUAACACACAUGCAUAAUGUAAGUCGAUAUGAACGAUUCCUGUGGUGAUAAACCCUGUUAGUGCCAUUCACAGCACAAGAUGUAUUCUUUAUAUGUCUUACUUAACAUCAUGUAUGUGAAGAAUGAUAAGAUUUGGCUUAAUAUUUCUAAAAAAAAAGAUUGGUGACAAGCAAUAACUUCACAUGUAAUCAUUGCUAUGUUUUCCAGAGGGAACUGCAUACAUAUAAUCUGUAAUUCAUAUUGAUGAAAUCCUAAUCAAAACUGAAGCUGCAAUGAUAGAUUUAGUAGAGAGUUUUUUGUAGUCAUGUCAAUGGGGCAGUGCAAAUGGUGAUUGUUAUUCUUACUUAGCAGGGGAGUUUUGAGGGAACAGUUGGUAGAAUAUUAUUGUAAAUAGGUGGAAGUUAUAGGGUAUCUGUGCAAAUGCAGAACUUGAAGAAUUUGUAACUGGAAAUUAUUAAAGGGCUCAUUGCUGUGAAAUUAUAUUCAUGCAUAAAUAAAAUAAAAUCAAAUGGUACAUGACAGUAUUUUGGUGACUUAUCAAUAUGUAUGUAUAAGUACAUUUUUAUACUAAUUGUAAGAUGUUGUGUCUAGUGACCAAAAAUUCAAAUCAUAGCAAGGCUACUCUAGUUAAAGAAUGAUUUGGAAAUAUGUCAAGAUUGGAUCCUAAUCUACUUAAGUUUUGCUGCUAAUGUAGCAAGCACUGCAAAAUUUAACAGAGAGCAAUAAAACUUUUUGUACUAGAUAA